UUAGAUUUCUGCAGGAUCAGGACCACGGACAGCGACCUUCACCUGCUGGAUGACAAACCUCUGAUCGCUUCACUCCGGCAGGUAGGUUUACUCUGCAUUUAUAGAACCUUUUUUUUUUCAGGUAGCAGAGAAAGAUUCAGUGUCUUACACAGGUGGGGCAGUCACUGGUGCUUACUCUUUAUUUCUGCUUCUUGUUUUCUUUUUAAUCUGGUUUGUUUCAGAUCUGAACAGAAACACAGUACAUUUAUUCAUUCUGAAUGCUUCCAAACAAAUAUGAUAGUUUGAUCAUUUUUUAUGCAGUUGUUGCAGACUCAGGAUGAACAAAUCUGUUUGUUCCUGCAGCUUACCUUCCUUUUCCAGGUGUGUUUUCCAGAAUGGAACUCAGACCUGAUGAUUUGGAGGACAUGUGUCCAGUCUGUGGAGAUAAAGUCUCUGGGUAUCACUAUGGUCUGCUCACUUGUGAAAGCUGUAAGGUACUUUCUGUUUUUCUAACACACUCGGACUCUCUGAUUUGUGGAAAAGUUUCACUACAGUUCUGCUCAUUAAACACAUAUUUUACAGUCUGUUAAACCAGAUCCUUUCCUCUCAGGGAUUUUUUAAAAGAACAGUCCAAAACAAUAAGACGUAUGUCUGUGCGGAGUAUCAGGAGUGCAGAAUUGAUAAAACUCAGAGGAGAAGGUGUCCGUUCUGCAGAUUUCAGAAGUGUCUCCAUGUUGGGAUGAGACUGGAAGGUAAGAAAGAAGACUUGAACAUUGAUCUUUAAUGUUGCUGCAGGCAGAGUACAUGUCUUUCAACUCAUGGAAGUGGUGCUGUGUGAGAAGACUUUAUAAAGGAUUACUGCAUGAACAAACACAAGGAUUAGAAAUGAAUGCACGUGGGGAGACUGAUUCAGUGAUUUUCUAUGCAGAAAUGAUGUGUUGAAUUUCAAAAAGCCAUAUGCUUGUGUUUAUUGUUUUAUAACUCUCUGUAUUUAAGUCAGAUAAAAUACAGCCCACAGAGCCUCUUUAAUGCAUUUUUUCUGAAGCAGAAUACCCAGAAAAGCUAAAUUUAGUCCCCAUUUUUUUCAUUUCUGAAGUCUGAAGUGUACUACAAAGGUAGAAACUGAUUACAGUGAAGAUUUUAGGCUGUAAUCUCAAAAGGUAUCUCACGAUUCAAUUUAUUCAAAGUAUUUUGAGCCUUAAUUUCUGUCUUUUGACUAAAAGCAGCAACCUGAAUGUAGAGAACAAACUUCUUCUUUACUACAUUUUUACAUCAGCUUGGUAUUUUGAUGAUUUAAUUGACAUGUUUAACCCUUGAGCAGGAGAAUCUGUAUUACCACAGGAAGCACUCUGGAUAUUGACCCUCCUCCUCUCCUUCUCAGCUGUCCGUGCAGAUCGGAUGCGAGGCGGCAGAAACAAGUUUGGUCCGAUGUACAAACGAGAUCGAGCUUUGAAGCAGCAGAGGAAAGCACUGUUUCAAAGAGGAGGGGUCAGAUCAGAGAGCACCCCCCCUCUGAUCUCCUCAGACUGGGCCCUGACUGAAGGCCUUUACCCAGUCUCCAUCCUCCACAGCGCCCCCCUGCCCACUUUACAGAGCCCAUUUAUCAGCCUUCAGCCUCCAUCCCUGAGCCCCCUGUUGACCCCCAUCUCUCCUGCUGCCCCCCUGCACCACAACAACCCCCUGUCAAACUGGACCCUUAAGUCCAAGCCUCCAAGCACCAGUUCACCAAGCUCUGCAGCAGGACUCAUGUCAGAUCCUCUCAACCCCUCUCCAUGCCGUUACCGGACUCCUCAGCUGGUGCUGCAGCUCCAGCAGGAGGGUCCAGACGAGCUGCAGCUGCAGGAGAAGGUCUCAGCCCACUUCCUGAAGGAAAAAGCCGCAGGGGGGGAACAGUGGACCCCCACUACCUUCAGCCUGAUGUGCAUCAUGGCUGACCAGACACUGCUUCACAUAGUGGAGUGGGCGCGGACCUCCACCUUCCUCAGACGGCUCAGAGUGAGAGAAACCCACCUGUGCUGUUUUGCUCCAUUGAAAUCUUUCCUCUGGACCUCAAUGUUUUAUCACUUCAUCUUUCUUCAGCUGUCUUUAACCGUCUUUGCUGUCAGUACAUGUGUUUUUGUAGUUUUUACUGCAUAUUAUCAGUUUUGUUUCUGUCUCUACCUCCCUUUCUCAGUCCAUUCGGUCUCUGCAGACAUCUGGUCGGCUCUUAUCCUCAAGGUUUCUGUCUGUUAAAAGAAGUUGAUCUUGCUUACGGGUCUCUAUAAAUAUGUCUGGAAGUGCUCCAUAAGCUGGAAAAACCUGGGCCUCAGAUUCGUACGUUUUUCCUCUGGAUUCAGGUGAGUGACCAGAUGAAGUUGCUGCAGAGCUGUUGGUGUAAUCUGCUGCUGCUGGACGUAGUGUGCAGGCAGGUUCUCUACGGCAGAGAGGGACGUCUUCUGCUGGUCACCGGACAGGAAGUAAGAACUUUUUUUAUAACUAUGAAAAGACGUUUUAAAAUGCGAGCACAAAGAAAAAAAAGGAUCAGGGGCUGGACAGGAGAUAGAUUUCUUUCUGUCUUUGGCCUGUGAGUCUGUGUAAACAUUUGUAUAUAGAGGUCCAGAUAUUGUAUCCUCAUCUUGGUUUCCUAUCUCUGGUUUAGAUCGAGCUCUCAGACAUCUCCUCUAGUUCUUGUCCGAUAAUGGCUGGUCUAGUCCUCAGAGGACAGGAGCUGAUCAGGAGACUUCUCAUCAUGCAGGUGGACCACGCAGAGUUCACCUGCAUCAGGUUCCUCAUUCUCUUUAAUCCCGGUCAGUGCUGCUGAUGCUUUUCAAUAACUGAUAAUAAUAAAUAAUAAUAACUGCACAGACAGUAUUCUGACAUCCCAAGAGAGCAAUUUUAGAUUAAUACCAUCACAACCAGUGUUCCCACCUUCAUUUCCCCUUAAAAAAAGAACAAUCUACAAAAUCUGAAGAGGAAAUCCUGUUGUCUGACAUGUUAGAUAGAUGGAUAGAUAGAUAGAUAGAUAGAUAGAUAGAUAGAUAGAUAGAUAGAUAGAUAGAUAGAUAGAUAGAUAGAUAGAUAGAUAGACUUUAUUGAUCUCAAACUGGGAAAUUCUCAAGUUGCAGCAAUAAAAACACAAAAUAAAAUUAAAUAUAAGAAGAUUAGUUUUGUUUUUGUAUUUUAACUGCUUGAAAACAAGUUGAAAUUGUGAUGUUCAGACUUCAUUUGACCCUUUAUGCUCAUGACUCCCUGAAAACAAUAAUCAUGUUUGUGGUUUUCAUUAAGUCUUCAUAUGAUUUCACAAAGUUAUUGAUGACCGGACCGUGGCUGGUUCAGCAAACUGACAAUGACAGAACCACAGGCAUCCUUCAUAACAGUCUGAUCCUUUCUGCUGCUGGGACUCAUAUUAAUGUGGGGGAUAAGUUCAAGUUAAGAUGUUGGGGUGAAUUGUUUUAAAACCAGAUUUUUAAAAAAUCAAUCAAUAGUAUCAGUUUCCCCUUCAGGUGUUUAAAAAGCAGAUUCAUAUGAUUGACUCCUCCUCUAAAGCAAACUGAACGGGAUCCAAGUCAUCACUUCUCUCUUUUUUCUCUGACAGAUGUUCCUCAGCUGGAGGAUCAUCAGUUCAUUUCUAGUGUGCAGGAGCAGGUAGAAGGAGCUCUGCUGGAAUACACUCUGAGCUCCCCCUCUCACCUGCUGGAACGUUUUUCUCACCUGCUGCUGUGUGUGUCAGAGCUACGCUCUCUCAGCGCCCUCACUGAUGAUUACCUGUACGGAAAACACCUGAGCGGAGAGAUGCACUGUAACAACCUGCUGCUGGAGAUGCUGCAUGCCAAACAUGACCAAGACUAACACUCAGAGGAUCUGUGACCAUCUAAAGAGUUUUAGAUUUGAUGUAUUCAGCUGUGACUGAUGUCUGUGUCUUGUAUUAUAAAUACAAUACCCACCCAAAAAUCCCAAGCAAACUCCUACACUAUUCAAAGAUGGCUAAUAAACAAAUGUGUUUUGGACAGUCAGUUUACAGGAGUUUGUGCAAAACUCUUGACGGAGCUUCUGAUCAGCUGAGUGGGGACAAAGAGGUUACUCAAGGUCACAUCUGCCACAUAAAGGCUAAUUUAUCAACCUUUGCUAAUCUGACUAACACCUCCCUCAGAUGUUGUGAAAACAGAGACUCUUGUUCUUUCGUUUAGAGUGAUUUAUUGGAACAUGAAGGCAGAUGGACUUCCUGCAGGUCAAACAUUAAAUCUUUGUUUUUAGUCACUGAGAUCCUGAUGAUUACACCUUCAUCCACCUGUUUCAUCCUGUCUGCUUUAAUAAAAGGCUUAAUCAGAG